AGUUGUUGGGAUCAGACCGCGGUGCCCAGCCGCAGCUCUGACGGGGUGAUGGCUGUGCCUCCGAUGGCAAUGCCGCCGGGCGCGUGGUACAACGCCCCAGGGGCCGCUGUGUACCAGCAGCAGCAGCCGGCGGGGCGAUUCGCCGGGCACUUCAUGCCUCACAGGCUCUGUCACCACUUCACGAACCAGGGCUGGUGCCGCAAAGAGGAGGCGUGCACGUUCGCCCACGGGCCCACGGAGCUGCACCCACGCGCUGCUGCGACGGCAGGCUUGCCACAGCAGAUGGCCGUGGCGCCGGUGGUGGCGAAGGC